CAAACUACAAACUACAAACUACAAACAAAACUACACACUUGCUUCUGCUUCUGUUUCUGUGAUUCUCAUUGUCUGUCAAUGGCCUCAGUCGCUAUCCGAAGCCGUAGUAUUACUAUUAGUAGCCCCAACGCCAAGCACUUUCUCUCACUCCCACCCUACUCUUCUUCUCGUCCACUCGGUUCCACCCAUUUCUCUUUACUCGACUCAUCGUUUGGAAAUGCCACCGAUUGCUUCCUGUCGUUUUGCCGCUUCAUGGCCACAUUUACUCGAACAAAGCCCCACAUAAAUGUGGGGACCAUCGGGCAUGUAGAUCAUGGAAAAACAACAUUGACAGCUGCAAUUACAAAGGUGCUAGCGGAAGAAGGCAAAGCCAAGGCUAUUGCCUUUGAUCAGAUUGACAAGGCUCCUGAGGAGAAGAAGAGAGGAAUAACUAUUGCUACUGCCCAUGUGGAGUAUGAGACUACUAAGCGACACUAUGCUCAUGUUGAUUGUCCAGGACAUGCAGAUUAUGUUAAAAACAUGAUCACUGGUGCUGCUCAAAUGGAUGGGGGCAUUCUGGUGGUAUCUGCUCCUGACGGGCCCAUGCCACAGACGAAGGAACAUAUUCUGCUUGCUCGUCAGGUUGGUGUGCCAUCGUUAGUGUGCUUUCUCAAUAAAGUGGAUGCUGUGGAUGAUCUGGAGUUACUUGAAAUUGUGGAAAUGGAGCUUCGUGAGUUGCUCAACUUCUACAAAUUUCCUGGGGAUGAAAUCCCAAUUGUCCGAGGUUCAGCUUUGUCUGCCUUACAGGGGACAAAUGAAGAACUCGGGAAGAAGGCUAUUUUAAAACUGAUGGAUGCUGUGGAUCAAUACAUAGCUGAUCCUGUGCGCCAGCUUGACAAGCCUUUCUUAAUGCCAAUAGAAGAUGUUUUUUCGAUUCAGGGACGCGGGACUGUUGUAACUGGUCGUGUUGAACAAGGUACCAUCAAAGUUGGUGAGGAGGUUGAAGUAUUGGGUUUGAUGCAGUGUGGACCUUUGAAGACUACAGUGACUGGUGUGGAGAUGUUCAAAAAGAUCUUAGAUCAUGGGCAGGCUGGUGACAAUGUGGGUCUUCUUCUGCGUGGUUUAAAACGUGAUGAUGUACAACGAGGGAUGGUAAUCUCCAAACCUGGUGCGGUGAAAACAUAUAAGAAGUUUGAGGCAGAGAUUUAUGUCCUAACAAAAGAUGAAGGUGGCCGUCAUACUGCUUUCUUCUCAAAUUAUAUGCCUCAAUUUUACAUGAGGACUGCAGAUAUAACUGGGAAGGUGGAACUACCUGAAAGCGUAAAGAUGGUGAUGCCUGGUGAUAAUGUGACUGCAACUUUUGAGCUAAUGGCACCUGUUCCUCUUGAAGCAGGACAAAGAUUUGCUUUGAGAGAAGGUGGUAGAACAGUUGGUGCAGGGGUUGUCUCAAAAGUAAUUGGCUGAGAGGGCAGUACACUUCCUGUUGAAUUUUUUGUGUCCUCUCAUUUGUGGAAGGGUGUUAAUAGAGAAUGAGGGUGCACUUCUAGUGAUAAUUGCUGACUUGUUAAUAGCAUUUACUUGUUCUUUGACAUUUACUGUGAAAAUAAAUUGGAUAUUAGAUUGGAAAUUUCUUGGAAGUGCAAAUUAUCCCAAGAUAUUCUUGUUCACUUUAGCAGUAAUUUUUCUGUUCAUAUUUGAAUAAAAAUAAAGUUAUCUCUA